UUCGCAUGAGGAAUCAUGACGUAGAUUGUAUGCCUCAUAGUAUGUACCUAAGGGAUUGUUCGGUUAAACACUACGUGUAUCACAACAUGCCGUGUGACAUCUAGGUCGACACGGUUGACGUGAUGACGAAGAAGGACGUGGACGAAGGCUGGGCGUGGGUGGUCCUGGUGGCGGCCUAUAUGAACGGAUUCCUGCUGUCGGGAGUGUGUUACAUGGGAGGGAUGUUCCAGGUGGUUCUGUUGGAGCACUUCCAGGAGAGUGUUGGCCUUACAGCCUGGGUCACGUCAGUGUAUGGUUCACUCAUGUUUUUCGCAGGUCCUCUUGCGAGUGUCAUCACUUUCUACUUCGACUGUCGGACGUCCGUGAUGCUCGGCGGACUGCUGCUUGCGGGGGGUCUCGUUGCAAGUAGUUUUGCAACAUCACUGGGUUUAUUUUUUGUGUCCUUCGGAAUUAUUGCCGGUCUUGGAUUAGGAUUAAGUUACACGCCCUGUGUCGUCAUUGUCAGCUACUACUUUGCCAAGAGACGGACUUUUGUGACAAGUGUUGCCCUCUCAGCCGCCGGCACUGGACUCCUGGUCGCGCCAUUACUGUUCCGCUACCUACUGGACAACUUUGCAUGGCAACAAUGUCUGGUCAUUUUGGCGGGAAUCUGUAUUCAUAUAACCUUGUUUGGAGCACUUAUGUUUCCUAUACACGAAAGAAAAAAGGAACGGGUUCUCUCAGCGUUUUGCAAACAUAGACGUGCAGGCAUUUCAGAGGAGGUCACUUCCUGCCACUUGAUCAAUGGAUGUACAAACGAUGACCCUAAUCAUUCAAGGGCAACGUCAUGUGAGCCCGGUAGGUAUGAAAGUAGAAUUCUUGAAGACGACAGUGAACCUAUGCAGAAUGGAACCGUCACCCAGAGUCGUAGCACUACUGAAAGUCAAUUAGACAUUUUCAGGAAUCUGGCCUUUGUUGUGCUUUGCGUGAAUCAGAUCAUGGUGAACGCAUCGUGUGGUAUACUCAAUAUUCAUUUGGCAGCUUUCUGUGAAUUUUAUGGUACAAAACCUCAACAUGUCGCCUGGGUUCUAUCUGUCAACGGCCCAGCCAACAUUGUGUCGCGAAUCCUGCUGGGGGCGUUUGCUCACGCCAGCGAGAAGAAUGUGUGGAUCCUUUAUUUUGGAGUUCUGAUGACUGCUGGUACAGUAUUCUGUUUGAUGCCACUAUUUGCGAAGACAUACGUCACUCAACUGAUAGCUGUAAUUCUCAUAGGAACGUACCUGGGUGGAUCAUACGCCCUGAACCCUGCCCUGACACUAGAAUGUGUUGGCAUGAUGCGGCUUGCAACAGCGUUUGGUGUAACCAUGAUCUGUUCUGGGCUUGGCUUGCUUGUGGCGCCACCUUUAGCAGGCUGGUUUGUGGAUAUAACUGGAUCAUAUGACUGCAGCAUGUAUCUGGCAGGUGUCUUGAUGUUCCUGUCUGUGCCUGUGGGGUUGGUGGUGCCACAGCUGAUCCAGCCUAAGAACGAGUGCCAUAUCCAGAGAGAAUAUGCUGUUGUCAUGGCAACCAGUAGGGACUCCGGGGUCGAGAUGAGAACAAGCGUUUAGUGACAUGUAAUGGUGCCAUCAACGUCUGUGAUGAUCAAACAGAAGUCUAUGAGUGCAAACGUCAAGGUGUGGUUUACACAGAAUAAAGGGUUUGAUGCGUGUGAAUGAAUGUUGUUUAACGCUGCAGCCAGCAAUACUCAAGAUCAUUCGUCACAACUCGCCCCUUUCCGUAACCUACAAGAAGACUCCUCCCCCUAUCGAUGAAUGUUACGUGCGAAAAUACCACAAACCAAUCAGAAUGCGCGUAUGA